GCGAUAGAAAGAGAGGAGGAGAGAUGAGAGGGACUGAAGCUCUGCUGCAGAACAUACCUCAUCUCCAUUUUAGCUGGAGGGAGAGAGAGGGGGAAGAGAGGGAGAGAGAAAGAGAGAGAGAGAGAGAGAGAGAUCCAGUCUUUGCCAAUUUGCUCCUCAGCUCCACUGACAGCGAGGGGAGCACUGGGGAAGUGAUAUUUCAGGAAUCUUAAGAGAUCCACAAACGUGUGGCUGCGAGGAAGGACAAGACAUAAAAAGGGGGCACGUGAAGCAUCUGAAAAGAAAGACUGGCAGAAAAAAGAGGAUGAGAGGGAGCGACAGACUAAGAUGUGGUCGGUGUUUCAGCUGCGGUAAGAAACCUGAAAUAUGUUCAUGGAUUUUUUUCAAGGCAAACAAGACAUUGCAGCAUUUACACAGGCAUGCAGUCACCACUACACACAUGCAGCUGGAUGGAGGCAAAUUCACUCUGAUGAAAGCACCAUUGAUGUAAGGUGUUGGCAGCAGGUGUGUGUGUGUGUGUCCCUGUGUGUGAGUGUGAGUCUGUGUUUGUGUUACAAAUAGAGGAGCUUAGGGGUUUCAUUUGGCAGAGGGUGCAAAUGAUUCAUAAGUUUGUGUGCAUGUUUGUCUUUGUGCAUGCUGGCUCACUAACAGCUGCAGAGCAAUGCAUUUUAUUAUUAUUAUUCUCAUUAUUAUCCAGAACUGCAUCCAGAAUCUCUCUCUCUCUCUCUCUAUAAAUCCUCUCUCUAUAUUCCGCCCUGUUGCAGGGUUUCUCUGUGUCGAGCUGCACAAUACAAACAAACCUUAUGCAAUGAAACACUCCAUGCAUGCAUGUAUUUUUACUCUUUCCCUUGAAUUUCAGGCCUUAAAGGUUUUCUUUAGCUCCAUUUGGCACUCUCCCUGCCAGACUGGAAGAAGCACAGCCAAAUAGAGCCAGAGGGAAGGCAUUUCUGAUUUCAGCCUCAAAAAGGCAUGAAUAUGACUAAUUCCUUAUCAACACAGACCUUUAAUUUCUGUCUUUCUGCCUCUGAAAACUUCCUAAUGGUAGCCCAUUAGAGAAACGACACUGUACUUGCCCAUCCCACACUUAUUCAUUCAAAAUAUCAAAUUCAAAUCUAUGUUUUUAAAAGGAUGGUUUAAAUAUAUUUGUGAGAGUGUGUGAAGGUUCUCCUCUUGAGGUUUGCUUUACUGCAUUUUGUUGCCCUUUUUAAGUGUUACAUUAGUGUCAGACAGGUUUAAUGGUUGAACUCACUUAGAUGCAGAAUCUGUUGUAUUUGUGUAAAUGAGGUGCAUAUAUCACCCAUCGAGAACUGCAAAGAAUGUGGAGAAAAGAUUAUCUGACUUUAUCAAUGUCAGGUUUUUGAUAUGUAGAGCAGGAGUUUCCAAACUUUUUAGUUUGGGACCUCCUGAAUCUACAGGGAAUGGCUGCCCCUGAGGUAUCUGAGCAUCACUCCACCAAAUGUUGACAUAUAUAGGCCAAUUCAAAAACAAAAAUUACAACGACAGACGAACAUCCAUGAAACUAUUUGAUAGCAUUUUUAAAAUGGCUACAGCCAAAGCUGAAGCAUGGGUGAGUCUAUAAAACCCUCUGAUUUUACACUGGCUUAAAUUAAGUGAGGGAUAAUGUAUGAUAGUAAGCCGUGCCAAAUGAUUUACCAGGUGAGUCGACCACUUACCACCUCUUGACUCCAUUCCUCUGCUGCAAACUGCUCAGGCGUUUAACACCCAUUUAAAGUUUUGUGCACUUGAAAUUGAAUGUAAUCUUGAAAAUUACCUGAGUGUCAACCACAUAUAUAUGUAUAUAUAUAUAUAUAUAUAUACAGUAUAUGUAUACAGUUAUAGAAAGUGUUUAUAAGUUUCUUAUGAGUAUGUGUAUUAUACUUGAUAAUAAAAUGUUGAUUAUUCUUUUAUUAACACUUAUUAUCGCUUAUCAACUAUUAAUCUAUGUGUAAGUGUUGCCUUUGAAAUUAUUUACUGUUUUGACCUAUUGCAUUUGUUUACAACACAGCCAGAUGACAGGUGAGCACUCAGCCACUGUCACGGUCAGGCAAAACCCAUUCAAACCCAUCCAAAGCCAACAUGGAUUAAUGAGGGAAGCUUGUUUUCCAGCUGUUUGGCUGACAUCAAUGCAAAUCAAACAACACAACUAAAGUCUAGUGUGCUAAACAGAAUGUCAUGCUUGGUUGAAUGCAGUAAUUCACAUUUACAUUUUAACAGCUCGGGGCCAUGAAACUUUGUGUGAUUUCUAAGGUCACACACAGUUUAACUGAGCUUUGAUCAGGGCUGAAAAUAAUUUAGGAGGUGUGGGGUUAGUCAGACCUACAUAGGCCACAAUUCAUCAAAAGAGGAAAGCAGCUCGAGGUUAUAAUGCUAUUAGCUGCUACUGGCACGCUAACCUAAUACAUCUGAGUCUCAAACUUAAUUGUCAGUGGUCAAGAUGGAUUGAAGGUACUGUAUGCUGAUUGUCUCUAACAAGACAGGAGGAUGCACAGGACAUUUUAGGGAAAGAGUCUUUAAUGAAAUUCGAUUGAUAAGGAAAAAAGAGCUUUAAACUGAAUCCUCUUUAUGUACGUGUAUCAAUCAGUACAACAAACAAACAUAGAAGGACUCCCUAAGGGUUUUACCUGCAUCAAAAAUACUAAAAGUCAACAGAAACAUUGCAGAAACAAGAAUUAAUCUUUAACUGUAAAUUUCUAGAUAACAUGCACCUGCAGCCCUUUAAACCGUUAAUAAACCUAUUUCAGUUUUAGAGAACUGCAGUCAGUGAAGUCGCCUUCACCAAAACUGUUCAUAUAAAAAUUUAAACUCAGUGGAGUGACUACUUCUCCCUCAAUACUGUGAUUGAAUAAAGGUCAGUGAUAAUCGGUUCAUGUGUAUUCAUACUAAACUCAAAAAAAAAAAAAUCUGAGUCACACUGGGUCAGAGAAGAGGAGUAUUAAUGGUCACUGAGAGCAAAACUAUUUUCUAUUUAUCCAGAGCACAAGUGGACUCUGAAGCAGGAAAGAGACCGUGUUAUGAAAGUGGCUGCUGAGUCAUACGGAUCUAUUAUCCUUCUCUUUUCUAACCAGUUUAAAUGACAGGGCAGCACAACUCCUUUGAACACUAAACACACUUAAGCAUUAAGUUCAGCUUUAUAAAAACUGGCAGAAAGAAAUUCUGACUCUCUGAAAAUUAAUUACAAAAACAUCAAAAUUAAAAAAUGGAUUAAUUAUUUAGCAGGUUCAGGAUCAGGGAAAGAUGUGAGAUUUUAGAGGGUGAGCUAAUAGAAGAGUGAGACGAGUUCAAAAAGGUGAGAUAAGUUUUAUGUUUUGGUGUUAAAGCUAAGACCUUGAAGAAGACACUGCAUCUCUGCACCCACAGAGAUACAUGAGGAUGCUUUGCACUAAACUACAUGCUGCUUAUGAGUGCUGGCCUCUUUUCAAUAACUCUGCUUAAUUAAAUCUGUAAAUUCAUGCCCCUUAUUUGUGAAAAAAAAAAAAAAACUGGCAAACAUCUCGCCACACUCUUUCCCCUUUCGCUUUCAGAUGCCAAAGCCUGCAAAGUUUCAUAUUAUUUCCAGUUAGUCACGUUGACUGCAGAUGUCAGUUUAAUCACGCCAGCUGCCAGGAUGGAAAGAUGUAGAAAAGGUUCAUACUUCAUCUCAUGACCACUUUAUCUACAACUGUACAGAAUUUCUUGAAGCACCCACAGCGAUUAAUUGGAGAGGAAGUUUUGCAGCUUAAGAAAUGUAGUCAUGAUGUAAAAUUUGGCAUCAGUGUUGUUGCAUCUGUGAUCUCAUCGUCUGAUACGCAGAUCAGAUCAACACAAAUUCCAAAAUAAAUCUCAAAAUACAGAGACAGAGUGAGGCUUGGAGAUUUGUUUCCAUAGCAACUAUCCAGUGAGCCCUGCACAGCUUCUCAGCAUUUGUGAUACCAACAGUUCUUAAUAAAACAUAAACCUUUGAUUUUUUUUAUCCUCAUUAGGGUGAAAAAAAAAUACAAUUUUUCUGUGGACUACCUUAUACAGCCAAACCUCAAUAACAUUGUCACAAAAUACGUUUUAGAUUGAAAGGUUAAAGGUGAGCUGGAUGUCUGCAGGUCAAGUUGUUGUCAAUGCAGCGAUAAUAAUUUAAUUUGAACAAUAAACAGACCCCCCCCCUUCCAAAAGAAACAGCCUAAAAUUGAGGUGAAGUGAAACCAAAUCACAUACUACAUUUGAGUCAAACAUACUGACAACAUUUGGAGCUAAAUUCUGCCCUGGAAGAGUUGCAUAAUUGACGUUUUGUUUCUCUACAAACAAAAUCGUACAUUUAAACAACUGAAUAAAUUAGAGAUCAUUCCAGCCAACAGCUGACUCUCCCGGCACUAGAAAGCUCAGCGAUUCCUAUUUCAGUCAGGACUACUUUAGUAAAAAUUAAUUAUUUAUUACAAGCAAACAUUUUUACUUUGGCAGUAUGGCUCUGUUCUGAGAGUUCCCUGCCCUUCCAUGUGCUUGCAUGGAAGGGCACAGUUAUAAGAGGGGAGAGCUCCACCCCUCCCUUUCAUGUGCAUACAUGAAAAGCCAAGGCAGAGAAAGCAGCAGCAAAUAAAUACAACUAAGAUAAAUAAAUUAAAAUACCCCCACAAACCAAAGAAAGCAUCAGUGACAAUACAUAUGACACUGGUAAGAUUAGACACAACAUAAACAGGGGGAGCUAGGGUGGAGGUGGGUUGCAGAGUGGUUGCAGCAGGCACAGGAGGCAGGAGAAGCAGUUUAAAUAGGGCGCCAUUUUGAAAUUAGCCAAUCGGAUGUGUAAAGGGCGAUCACCUGAGCUGUCAGCUGACUGAGGGCUGGCUUUAGAUCAGCUGACUGUAGCCUUUAGCUUGACUCCAUGUCCUGCCUGAACUACCACUAUGCAUCAUAUUCCUAAUCACCUUUUUUUCUCAAGCCUUCCUCUACACUGAUUCUCCAGUGGACAGUGCUUCAGGAUCCAAAUUUGUCAAGAAGCCUGUCAAUCAUUGUUUAUGAUUCCCAAAUUUUGGCUUCAAAUAACUAAUUAAAACUCGAAUUCUGAGAAAAAAAACUACCGUCAGAAAUCACCUUGAAACAAAACUAACUACUCUGCAGGCUCCAUCUUUUUCUCUGCCAUGUGUUUUUAUUGAGUUUGGUCCAUGUACGGCUUGUUAACAUGGAAGAGGAAGAUUUCAGACUCUCACUGAAGUUGAUAGAAGGAGUUUUGCAUGUGCCCACUUCGCCGCACCGGGAUGACAGAAACAGCAGUUUACAGCUGGUACGCAAACUUUCCCCUGUGCAUUGUAUGUAGGCUACAUUUGCUUACCGUGUUGCCGCACGUCAGUUUGCACUCUGCAUUGUAACCUUAGUAAUCCAAUAGGACCAUGCUGCUUGCGAGUGAGUCGUAGUUGCUUUCGCAAACAAACAAACUCGGGGGGCGCUCAGUGCGCACUUUUGAUUGGACGCUGGUUGCCUAGUCGCCUCGGACUGCCUCCCGCCUUUUGCGGAAGAAGGGAAAUUUUAAAGAGACAGCUGCUUCAACCUUAAUGCAGAAAUUAAACAAAAUGCAGAGAAAUUUUGAUUUUAUAUUCAAGAGAAAGUGAGAUGCAGCAGAUGAUGAUACUGUGGCAUCAGAAUCAGCUCCCCAUUAAACUUGGGUGUGCUCCUCUUGUACAAAGCCUACGGGUUCAGUACCUCCAAGAAUCUUAUUCUACUUUCACCCCUGCAUGUGCCCCAAAGUGGCCUGAAGACCAGUUGAUCCUGGUUUAGCAAAACUAGGCAAUAUAUUUUUCUAGACCAGGAUUUGUUUGUUUUUUUAAACACAAAAUAUUUUGCACAGCUGUUCAGUUAAUUAUCUAGUUUGCCACCAAAUGUCCACAAUGUGUUAAUGUCAUAAUGUUGUACUGUGAAUACUGAUCAGAAAUGUCAGCUGUUACAUACAUAUGAGAGUCUGCCAGAUGCUGUAAAUGUAAGUCUGAUGUAACUGAUGCCUGUGCCUCAUCCUGUGUGUGUGUAUGUUUCCAUUUGACUGUGCAUGUUUGUGUGGACAGCCACAUUCACAAAGCCUUUUCCAUAAUAGCCUUAAGUACAGAGUGCUGAUAACUUAAAAGAUCCUUAGGGCCUUUUUAGCUGUUACAUAAUAAAUAACAAUUAUGGGCCACUAUGCUCUAACAGGCAGUGAAUGUGCGGUACCGAUAUAAAAUAUUAAAGAUACACGAUUUCAUAACUCAUGCAUAUUCACCAUCUUCUGUCGGCUGUAAGAGACACUGUAGAUUACUACAGGGAACAGUUAUCUCAUUCAUUGUGUUGUUGAAAUCUGUUUAGUCUUGCUCUCAUUUUAAAUUUCACUUUAACGGUCUGCAAAUUCUUUGAUCUUUCAUUUGACUUCAUAUUGACAUCUGCUGUUUGUCAAACACGGUUUAGAGAAGAAAUUGCUGAGGCAUGAUGUGUAAUGUGGUUUUCUGAAGGUGACAAUCUGCAAAAUCGAAUCCAUGUUCAUGUUGGUUUCUUGCAUUCCUCCGCAUCUAUUCCUUUUCUUUUCUUGUGUUUUGACAGAACAGUGAGACGCCAUGCUGUGAGCCAUGAAUCCUCCACCUGUGGCCAGGAUAUGAGAUUGAUGGUGUGACAACAUAAUGGUGUUAUCCAACUGAAGCCACCGCCCAGGCCCUGUUUCAGCACUGCAAUCUAAAUUACACACAAAAAAACAACCCUCUUGGAUCAACACAGUUUUUAUCUAUAAAGGAAAUUUUUGACAUUUUCAGUUUGUCUAGUGUUUGAAGCCACUGUAACAUGCAACCUACAAUAUAGGUGCUCCAGUAUUUUAAGGAAAAUUGCAUCAUACCAGCUCUAAAACAACUCCACACUCCGGUCUGAAUGAUUCAUCCAAAAUCGUCAUAAUCUCCCCUUGUCUGAAUCAGCUCCUGUGACCUGUAAGGAUCAUGAGGCCAACACUAAUAUUCCUGCAGACACAGUUUUUCCUGUGUGUGUUUGUCAGUGUAUGUGUGCCAGCUGUUGUUGUGGGCUCACUACCACAUGCACUACCAUGGCACGUCUCCUGCCCCGUUCGGUGUGUGUGUCAGAUCAAGCCAUGGUUCUCCCCCGACUCAGUCUAUCAUGAAGCUCCCACUGUGGACUGCAACGACCUGCUGUUGACCAAGCUUCCUGUACCCAUACCCCUCAACACACACACACUGCGCCUGCAGAGUAACCUUCUAUCUGAGAUCAACACUGCAGCAUUGCAUGGACUACCGAACCUCACAGACCUUGAUCUUUCUCAGAAUCGCUUCAGUCACAUCAGGACAAUAACUAAGAGCUCCCCUCUUCCCUCUCUUUUGUCUUUACACCUGGAGGAAAACCAUCUCGGUCAUCUCCCUGAUGCCUCCUUCUCCUCACUGCCAAAUUUGCAGGAACUCUUUCUCAGCCACAACAAUUUACACUCAAUCACACCCGGAGCAUUUGCAGGACUGGACUCCCUUCUGCGUCUUCAUAUCAACAACAACAGACUCACCACAGUCGACCCUCGAUGGUUCAAGGCUUUACCUAGUUUGGAAGUUCUUAUGCUUGGGGGAAACCCAGUGGAGGCCUUGCCUGAACGAGGCUUCCAGGCCCUGAGGUCCCUACGGAGUCUUGUCCUUGGGGGUAUGGGCCUGCGAGGCUUGGCUGAAAAGGCUCUGGAAGGGUUAGAAGGCCUGGAAAGCCUCUCUUUCUAUGAUAACAAACUUACAAAGGUCCCCACUCAGGCCCUGAGGAGAGUGCCAGGACUGAAGUUCCUGGACCUCAACAAGAAUCGUAUCAAACUGAUUGAGACAGGAGACUUCAAAGACAUGGUCCACCUGAAGGAGCUUGGCCUAAAUAACAUGGAAGAGCUGGUGUCCAUUGAGAGAGGAGCCUUGGAGAACCUUCCAGAGCUCACCAAACUUGAGAUCACCAACAACCCACGAUUGUCGUAUAUUCACCCACAAGCUUUCCUCCGGCUGAGCAGGCUGGAGAGCUUAAUGCUCAACUCCAACUCCCUUAGUGCUCUUCAUCAGCACAUUGUGCUCUCGCUGCCAAGUCUACAAGAGGUCAGCUUACACUCCAACCCACUCCGAUGUGAUUGCCUCUUCCACUGGGCUGCCGACGAGGCCUCUCACUCUCACAUUGAAGAAACACAAACCUCUCGGACAGUGCGUUUUAUCCAACCUCAGGCUACGCUGUGCUCUGAACCCCCAGAGCUGAGAGCUCGUAAGGUUAGAGAGGUUUCCUCAAGAGAGAUGUCUGCCUCGUGCCUCCCAAUGAUCCCUUCCAGCUCUCUUCCAUCCUACGUUGGAGUAAGAGAAGGAGGGAAACUGGUCUUGCACUGCCGUGCUCUUGCAGAUCCACAGCCUGAGCUGUACUGGGUGACUCCCUCUGGGCUUAGACUGGGUCCUGUACCAAACGUUGCAUCCAAGGGUUCACCAGCUCCUGAUCCCUGUCACAGCAUGACAGUCUCUGAGGGAUUCAACCAGACAACUGCCUCAAGCAUCUCCACCAGCUACACUCAGGCUGAUACUCCCUGUAACCCCUCCAAACACUAUCAGCUACUGCCUGAGGGGACACUGGAGAUGAACAAGGUGACCCUUGCCGAGGCAGGGUUGUAUACCUGUGUAGCUGAGAAUGCAUUGGGUGCAGAUACACGGAGUGUUACUGUGGGAGUGCAUGGCAGAGAGAAGAAAAGAAAGAAGGGGGUGGAUGUGAAUGUGAAAGGAGCUCAGCCUGCCAGCGCAUUUACAAGGUUGGAGGUGAGAGAGGUUGGACAACACUAUGCUAUCCUCUCCUGGCAGAGCGGGCACAACCUCCCUUCAACUCGCCUCUCAUGGCAAGCCAUAUACUCAAAUGCACACACACCUACAUACACUACACGUAUCCUGGCUGGUACACAGAGCUUCAACCUGACCCACUUGCAAGCAGAAACAUUUUACAGGGUGUGUCUACACUUAGGGAUCAGUGAGGGGGACAAGCACGCCGGCAAGAGGUCGAGAGAGAGCAGAAAACCUCAGUGUGUUUCGCUGAGAACAAAAGAUAUACCAGAACCUCAGCCCAGUCUGCAGAUUAGCCCUGAGCUGACCUCUACAGCAGUCACACUCUUGCUCCUUGCACUCAUACUGAUGCUGCUGGCAGGCCAGGGCUGGGACACGGAGCCCAGUGAGGAGGCUGGAAAGCAACACAUCACCAUUCUCCAGGAAAUCAAGAGUCCCACGGCUUUGAUAAUCAAUCAAAAAAGGAGUAAUGGAAAUCAAUCAAAAGAAAAUGAAAAAUGUGUAUUAGAUCAGGACUGCUGAGACAAUUGUUUGUGAAUGAUCAAACAUAAACAAAAUCCCACUCACACAGACACAAACACAAAAUGUGAAAUAUAUACACUUUGUGAAUCAGAGUGACAUGAGAGGAGGCAUAGCUCAGAAAAGUGAUAAAGAGAGAGAUUUGUAUUUAUUUUAUAUACCGUAUAAAGUAUAUAUUGACAUUGUUUCUGUGUAAAGAUGUAUUGUACAGAAUGCCUAAACCCUAAACAGGGAAAUAAAACUGGACAAUCAUACUCCUGCAAAACAGUGAGUAAACACAGGAGCAACAAAUGGACCUGAGCGGUUCAUGACUACUGAACUGGAACUAAAGAAAACCUGCUUCAAUCCAGGGGCUGAUAUUCACAGAGGACAGUGGCUCAGUCCUCCAGGGUAAUUUUUCAUCUUUCCUGCCUAAACAUGGCACAGACUUCAAGCAGACUGAAUGACGUUCCUGCAUUGGUGUUAAUAACCUUUUUGCUUAGCUUUCAGUAUCUUGGACUAGGUUGUCUACUUUGCAGUUCAUACUCUCAUCUGAAUUUCCUGCUUAAAGUCCCACAUCCUCCCUCAGCAUAAAAGUGAUCUUAAAGUGAUUGUGUUAAAUUCUAUUUUGAGCUAUUAUACAAUAAAAACUUUUUAAUUUACACAA